AUGUCAACUAUCCAAAACUUAAACGCAUUUGAUCCAUUCGCCGACACUGGUGAUUCCGAAGCUCAACCAACAAACUACAUCCAUAUUCGUAUUCAACAACGUAACGGUAGAAAAACUUUAACUACAGUUCAAGGUGUUCCAAAUGAAUAUGAUUUAAAAAAGAUUUUAAAGGUCUUGAAAAAGGACUUUGCUUGUAACGGAAACAUCGUUAAAGACGAUGAUUUGGGAGAGGUUAUUCAAUUACAAGGUGACCAAAGAACCAAAGUGUCUGAAUUUUUGACAACUCAAUUACAGUUGCCUAAAAAGAAUAUUAAGAUUCACGGUUUUUAA